CUCUAGUUGAAGGUGCGCUUUCCUUUGAUUGUUUAGAACCUCGGCAACAAAGGGCUUCUCUCUCAUAUCCAGCUUAUUAUCCUAUCUUAGUCUCUCCGGUUGAGUUUCUAGUUGCAGAGAAGAACAUGGAGCUCCACAACAAAGGGCUUCUCUCUAUCUGCAAUUGCCAUAUUACAAUCCAGUCCCUCUUUUUCGAUACCCAUUUUCUUGUUCGUUCUCUCGCUUGAACCUCUGAGGGACUUUGGAAAACCAGAACAUCUUUCAUCUAAAACUCAAUCUUCAUCUCCUUAAAUUCUUCUUCAAAACGAUAAUCCAACCCAAAAUCGAUAUCAGGAAAUAAGGUUUCAGAAACCCAAGAAAUCUUUGAAACCAGAGAGAGAGCUUAAAAUAAGUGUUUUGACCCAAUUCUAACCUCAAUCUCAUUCGUACAAGCUAACACCUCGGAUUCAAGAAACCCACCACUGAUAAUCUCAUAAGUAAGUUCAUCACCUGUAACUACUCAUGGAAGAUUUCAGCCGUUGAUUUGGCCUCUCAUGCGAUCAUGGCCAUUGAUUUUAGGUUAGCGGACUGACUCUAUGAACCCACCUACAGAGCCCAGUAACCGAUCAUCGUGGUCCUCCUACCUGCAAUCACUCACAUCGCAGGGCCUAUUCGUUGACGCCUUGCAACUUUGCCGCCGCAUCCACCUUCUCGACCUCCCCCUCGACCGCUUUGUCCUCCCACCCGCCCUUAAGGCCUGCUCCUCAUCUCCCUCUAACCUCCCUUUCUCUCUCCAGCUUCACGCCUACGCCCACAAAACCUCCUAUCUCUCCUUCACCUUCGUGAUCACCUCCCUCCUCUCUGCCUAUGUGAAACUCGCGGCAUUCAAAUCAGCCUAUAAACUGUUCGACGAAAUUCCCCAACCAACAGUUGUUGCUUGGAGUGCGUUCAUUGCCGGUCUCGCGCGCAAUGCUCCCUUUGCUCAUUCUUUAUCUCUCUUCAAACUCAUGCGUGUUUGUGGCCCCGACUUCAACUCUGCUACCAUGCUUGGCCUCCUCCCUGCGUGCACUCAACAAGCCCAUUUGUGCUCUCUCAUGGCCCUCCAUACUUGCAAUGUCAAGGUUGGAAUGCAAGUUUCUGAGCCCUCCGUCUCAAACUGCCUUGUGACUGCGUACGCCAAAUGCGGGAAUACCGCGCUCGCUCGUCAAGUAUUUGAUGAGACGUUGGAAAGAGAUUUAGUUGGCUGGAAUGCUAUGCUGUCGGCUUACUGCCAAAAUGGAGAGGCACACCGAGCUCUAGAAUUAUAUCAAGAGAUGGUAGCCAUUGGCGUUGAGCCUGACUCUGUUACCUUAGUCUGUGUCUUGAGCGCAUGCACCCACCUUGGGGCAAUCGCCACUGGGCUCGAGGCCCACGAGCGUACAAAAAGAUUUAUGCCCAACCUCCCUCUGUCAAACGCAAUUGUCAAUAUGUAUGCACGUUGUGGCGACCUUUCCAUGGCUCGUGCACACUUUGAUGAGAUGUCCAUUCGCACAGUUGUUACAUGGACCACACUCAUCUCAGGGUACGGUGCGCAUGGGCACGGUGCGGAAGGUGCCUACCUCUUCGACGCGAUGGUCGUGGGCAAUAUCAGGCCCGACGCUACAGCAUUCGUGGCUGUACUCUCAGCUUGUAGCCACGCAGGCCUAGUUGACAAGGCCCUAGCCUACUUUGCAAGCAUGAAACAAAACUAUAUGAUAGAACCUAGGCUAGAGCACUAUGCCUGCAUGGUUGAUGUGUUAGGCCGGGCUGGUCGGCUUGAUGAGGCCAUUGCCCUCAUCGAGGCCAUGCGUGUAGAACCUGAUGGGGCGGUUUGGGGGGCCUUGCUCGGGGCUUGUAGGAUACAUCUUAAUGUUAGGCUGGCCGAGAAAGCGGCAAACCAAGUAUUCCAGAUUGAACCGAACAAUGUGGGUUACUAUGUUCUUCUGUCAAAUAUAUACGCCUCUGCAAAGGACCACAGAGGAGUGGCCAAAAUCCGAGCUUUGAUGAGAGAGAGGGGGCUCAAGAAACCACCCGGUUUGAGCUACAUAGAGUUGGAGAGGCGGGUUCACGUGUUUAUGGCUGAUGAUCACUCGCACCCUCGGUCUGAGGCCAUUUACAAGGAGCUUGAGAGAUUGGAGAAGGCAUUGGAGGAGGUUGGGUAUGUGAGGGAUACAAGUGUAGCUGAUGCUUUAUUUGGGGUUGAGGAAGAGAGAAGAGGGGAGGUUUUGGGGGUGCACAGUGAGAGGUUAGCGGUUGUGUUCGGCUUGAUGUGCACAGGGAUGGGAGAGAGGAUAGUGGUGAUAAAGAAUCUUCGCGUGUGUGGUGAUUGCCAUGAGAUGAUCAAGUUUACAACUAUGGUUGCUAGCAGAGAGAUUGUAGUGAGAGAUGCAACACGGUUCCACCAUUUCAAGCAGGGGGCAUGCUCAUGCCGGGGUUACUGGUAGUAGCAAUGGCCAUUACUACAGUGUUGAUCCUCUCAUCAGAGACUUUGUUGAUACCUACCUUUUGGUAUAUGAUAUUUAAGUAGUGUAGGAUGUCUUAACAAUAGUGUUUAAAAAGUUCGAAACUGGCAGGACCAAGCCAUUGAUUCGGGUGAGUUUCUAAUCAGCUCGACCAAGUCCUGCUUUGGGAAAACAGUAUUUUUUAAGAAUAUUUACUGGAUAUAUUGAAGACUUGAGCAUGAUUGGGUAGACUCGACAAAAAUCAGAUCUGAUUUGAAUCAUCCAAGACUGGCUUCACUUGGAAUCGGCUUGAGCUAAGGAAUGACACAGUGGAUGAACGAAACAACUCAGUCGGGACAUCAGAAAGAUAUACUAGUAAACUGUUUGAAACGCAAUUCUAUUUCAGCAUACAAACCCAUUUAAAAUCCACAUGUACUAAUGUUUGAGGAAAAUGAUAUCAAGUCAAGAUUAAGAUAUGAUAACACAUAGUCUGCUCAAGGAGAAAAUAGGCUCAUCUUCACCAUUACUUAUUGAGAAUAGACUGUGGAGAUCACAUGUAUCAUACUUUUGGUGUGAUACGUGUACAAUAGUGUAAAAUCCCCAGAUCAAAUUAUGUUCUUGCUUCA